GGACCUUGAACUGCACUGGAACAAAAGCAAAUGAGUCCAAAGAAUUCAAACUCAAUACUCAAGGUCAUCACGAUGAUAUUGGAUAUCGUAUAUUAUAGUUUACUGCCACCUUUAAAGAUGAAGGUUGUUUGGCACCUCAAGUCAUGUCGUACUUUUCACACCAGUGUACUUUGUCCUCAGUGGCGCUUGAAAUUACUUGAAAAGACAGUCGUUCACUGUCAUGUUUUCACAGUACCAGUAAACCGCUUCUUUUCAACUCGUAAAAAAGAUAAUCAACUUACGAUAUUCACGAUUCCUAAUUUAAUUACAGCUUCACGAAUCACACUUACUCCUUUUAUUGUUAAAUCUAUUUUUUGCUGUGAUCUGAGUAUGGCUUUAGGUCUUACUAUCGUUGCCGGAGUCACAGAUACGUUAGAUGGGCUUAUAGCCCGAAAUAUGUCAAACCAGGCAUCAAAUGUUGGAAGUUUUUUGGACCCUCUUGCUGACAAACUUCUUGUGACUUCUUUGGUUUUGUCAUUGACAGUGAUGGAUUUUUUCCCAGUCAGUCUUGCCUGUCUUUUUAUUUUCCGUGAUUUAGGAAUAGUUAUCACAGUUUUGUUUCUAAUGUUCCGGAAUUUCGGUUCACUUACUACGAAGAUAUUCACCGAGAAAGUUGAAAUGAAGGCAUCAAAUAUCAGCAAGCUGAAUACUCUUUGUCAAUUAUCGAGUAUCAUACUUAGCAUGACAUAUCCUUUGUAUGGAAUCCCUAACUAUGAAUACCUAAAGGUUGUAUGGCUUCUUUCAGCUGGAACUACAAUUGGAUCUGGUUUAGGAUAUUUAAAAAGUUUACCAGAAUGGCGGAAACGGAUGGCUGAAAUCUCCAAAAAAAAUAGAUAGAUAAACUAUUUUUAUUUUGUACACGGUUUUUUAAUCAACAAUUUAUAUCAAAUUGCAUCUCCUUCAACGAAAUGGUUGUCCUCAUUGUCAAUAGUUUACAUAUAUAUAACAUGUUGUGAAAACUAACCGUUUGAUUGAAUAAAAUCCAGAGAAAUAAACUAUUAUAAAGAAAAUAAAUGAAAAUAUCCCAUAUAAAACUUGAAAACAAUUAUCAUCUAUUAACUUAUGAUAAUUUACUCUAUUAAAGUUUAAUGCAUAAAUCUUAAUAUAAACCUAAAGAAUAAUUUCAUGUUAUUUAAAAGUCAAGUCGUCAUCUCUGUUCUCUUUCAACUGAAUGAUUCAAAGUGAA